AUGUGCCUCGACGAGCCGGCUGUUGCAGGCAGCCUGCGCGCGUGUCUGUUUGCUGCUGCUGCAGGUGCAGCGGCAGGCUGCCGCCUUCUUCAACCAGGGCCCCAGCAAGACGCGCAGCAAGCUGCAGGAGCCGCCGAAAGCCCUGCUGCCGCAGCAGACAGCAGCAGCAGCAGCAGCAGCAGCGCGAGCUUCCCGCCGCCGCUGCGCGAUGUAGACGCGCUGCGCUCGCUGCAGCAAAAUGUCUCGCUGCAGCUAGACCGCGUGGAGUCUUGGCUGCUGCGGCUGUCUGUGGCUUUGACAGAUGGCUGCAGCAGGGCCCCUGUGGGGCCCCAAGUGGAGGCCCCGGGGGCCCCCCCGACGCAGCAAGUGGGUUUGCUGCUGCAGCAAACUGUGCAGCUGCCGCUGCCGGCCGACCCAGUGGCAGCAGCAAAAGGAACUAUGCUUCCUGUGUCUAUGGGCAACAGACUGCACUUGGCAGAGGCUGAAGAGCUGCUGCAGGAGGGGCUACUGCUGCAGCAAGUUGUGGGGGUGACGCAGCAGCUGCAGCAGCUGCAGCAGCGCGUGCGGCAGAGCAAGCAGUUCGCCCAGCGCAUAUGUGCUGCUUUGAACGGGAGCAGCAGCAGCAACAGCAACAGCGGCAGCCGCAGGGAAAAGGCAGAAAACACAGCAGCAGGCAGCAACAGCGGCAGCAGCAGCAGCAGCAGCAGCAAGGGCCGCAUCCCUAUAGAGGUGCUGCGCCGGCUGCUGGUCGAAGGCUUCCACGAGGUGCCUUUCAUUGUGCCCGAGUUCAUAUUUUUGCUGCAGCAGCUGCAGCAAGUCGUCACUUGGAGAGAGCUGCUGCGCGCAGCAGCAGCAGCAGGAGACCUGCAGCAGUGCGAACAGAUUCUGGCGGAGGCUCAGGACGUCUGCGUCUACAUUCCUGGAUGGAGCGACUGGAAGGGCCACGUUGCUGCUGCUGCUUGGGCGGAGCGGGUGGACCGUUUGCUGCAGCGGCCCAUUCGGCUGGGGCUGGCUGUGGCGCUGCUGCAGGAGCCCUCAGCAGAAACUGCUGGGCCUUCUGCGCGGGAGCUGCAGCGGCGAGUAGCAGCAGCAAGAGAGUGGGCGCAGCAGUGCAUGCAGCCGCGCUACCUGCAGCUGCUGGCAGCAGCAGGUGCUGACGGCCCGGCCCUCCGCGAGCUGCAGCAGCUAGCUGAGGGCCCGGGGCCCCACAGGGGGGCCCCCAGGGAAGCAGCAACUAAGCAGCAGGGGCCCUUUCCCACUCCUGGCGACCUCGAGGCCCUUAUCUCUCGCCACACGGCCCUCAAGCUCAUUGUCCCGGCUAUCAAGUACUUGGAGGUGGUGUACGGGCGCUGGCGGAAGUGGGAGAAACGCUUCGUGAAGACAGAGAGCGGCAGCCUUUCUUUGGCUGAGGCGCGGCAAGUGCUGCAGGACGGGCAGCUGCUGCAGCAGCAGCUGGAGAUUGGGUCUUGGCUGCAGCCGCUGUCAGUUUACGUGGAGCAGUGUGCAGCAUUUACUGCGCGGGCGCGCGCGCUGCUGGACAGAGCAGCAGCAGCAGCAGUUGCUGCUGCUGCUGUGCGCUUCGGCUGGGCUGUGGGGUCUCUCGACGGCUUCCGCCGCAAAGGCACGCUGCAGCAAGAAGACCUCAUUCACAUUCUCGAGCUGCAGCGGCACCGCAAGCAGGCCGAGCCUCCUGCUGCUGCUGCUGCUGCUGCUGCGGGGGCCCCCUCGGGCGAAGCCGAAGCAGCAGCAGAACGGCGAAGGGCCCCCUAUGAUCAGCUGGUUGAGCUCAUAGCCAUUCACGACAGUUUGGUAAUUAAGAACUGGAGCCUGCAUGGGGACUUGGUGGACUUGAGGGACAAGGCCCAGCGGUGGCUGAAGAGGGCCCAGGACCUGCUCGCCAUCCCGCAGCAGCAGCAGCAGCAGCAAAGCGAGAAGGAGACGGAGUUUCCGGACUCCGCGAACGGGUCGUCGCCGUGCGGCGCUGCAGCAGCAGGAGGGCCGCGAGCAGCAGCAGCAGCGGGCGCAGCAGCAACAGCAGCAGCAGCAGCAACCACGGAGCCUCUGGGGAAGGCGCUGCGGUCGCCGUGCAGCGCGAACACUGUGCGGCUUGCUGCUCUGCUGCUGCUGGAGAGCGACUCAGUUUGCUGCUGCCCCGAACUUGAGACUCGCCUCGAGCAGCUGCUGCUGUAUGCUCUUUGGCGGGGCAAAGUCGCGCGGCUGCGGCCCCCGGCCCAAGACACAGCAGUUGAGGAGCUUCUUGCUGCUCCGCAGCAGCAGCACUUUGUUGCUGACGAGGGCGGCGCCGCUGGGGUUCCUGCUGCUGCGAAGGCCCGCGCUGCUGCUGCAGGGCUUCAUGUGCUCCCCGCUGCUGCUGCUGCUGCUGCUGCUGCUGCUGUGCGCAGUCGCUGA